CUAAAUAAAAAAUCAUGGAAGUUAGGUUUGAGAGCAUGUGAGCUAUCACUAGCAUGAAGUCACAUAGUUCAAAGAUGACAGUAAUUCAUAAUAAAAGAGUCAGACAGAUCCAAUGCAUGCGUUAAAGGCAGUUGAUUUCCUUGCAAAUUGACUGCUUUUGCACAGCACAUCAAAAUUGGCGAUUUCCAAUCAAUAUCUCUUGGAAUUCAGUGUCAGGAUCUGGCACGUUUAAGAUUAAGUUUUCCUGUGUCAUGUUUGACAAAUGAAAGCCCGGAGUCAUAUCUUUUGUACUGACUUCUCAGUAGGUUAGUUAUCUGCUCCGUCACCUUUCAACAAGGGCUCUCAAAGCAUUUGACCCACCACAAUUAUCAGUUUGCCUAACCCUUUUGUUUUCUACUAAAGUUCUCCUUCCUCAAGAUAAGGAAACUCUCCCAGAAAAUCAUUACAGCAGCAUUUUGCUCCAAAUUGCCUAGUUUUACUGUGAGAUCUUUUGCAGAAGUGGGUCACCAUGGGAGCAUGGCUGCUCAAGCCCAGGAUGCUCUCAAGAAACAAAAUGACCUUCCUAUUGCUAUGUCUCAUUGUUUCUACUCUCUUCUACGCAUUUCUAAAUGGCCAUCACAUUGAAGCAGAUUUUGUAGAUCAAUCUCCGCCCAAUAAACCUGCCCGUGUCUUUAACCGUGCCAUGCAAUCCUUUGUCACAGAUCACCCAGAAUUGUCAAAAAGUGGGGAAUUGAAUCAGAAUGCAGAACAAAGUGAGAAUGGAAAUGAAAACCAGAGUUUUAAUGUUGUUAGAACAGAAGAACCGAACAAAGAAACUGUAAGUAGAUUGCUGCAUCAGGUGGACCAAGGAAGUGACGAUCCUAAUGCUGUGCCCUUUAUGUUGGUAACAGGGGAAAGAUCUUCACCCUGUGUUACUUCUCACGGUUCUAAUGUGAUGAUGAAGACUUACAAAAAUAAGGUGGAUUACUGUAAUCUGCACGGCUGCAAGGUCUGGUAUGCUUUGGAGAUUUGGCAGAAAGGAUUUGUUGGUACUUGGGUUCGGUACCCACUUCUUUUACGGCUUAUGAAGGCCAAUCCUUCUGUGACAUGGUUCAUGUGGAUGGAUUCAGACGCCAUUUUUACCGAUUUCAAUUUUUCUAUUCCUUUUGAGAGAUACAAUGGCUGGAACAAGAACAUGGUCGUCCCCGGCUUCUGGGAAAAGGUAUAUGGGGAAAAUCCAGAUUGGAUAGGACUGAACGCAGGGGUUUUUCUGAUUCGCAAUUGUGAAUGGUCACACAAAUUUCUAGAAAAGUGGAUCGAAUUUGGUGCGCCGGAAAACAUACAAACGGCCAAAGCGGCUCUGAAUACGGUUCUGAAGAGCAGACCGCAGGAAUGGGAUCCGGACGAUCAGAGCGUAUUAGUGUACCUUCUCAAUACGAACAGAAAGGAAUCUGAGGAGAAUGUAUUUCUGGAAGCAAGUUACAGUUUACACGGCUAUUUCGAGUACAUUGUAGAUGAGUUUGAGGACAUCCUUGUGGGGAAGGCCAAGUGGCCGUUUGUGACUCAUUUCUGUGGCUGUAAUUUCUGUGGAGGAAAGAAUACUACGGACAGAUGCACCAAGGGCUUUGAGCGAGCUUUCAAUUUCGCCGACAACCAAUUGCUUAGGCUUGUGGGUCUCAGGCAUUCUUCUCUAUCUUCUUCUUCUACGCUCGAGACUGUCGUGGGCUAAAAGAAACCGUAAAUUACUCCACUUUUGACGGACUGCAUGUUGUGGAAAACAUGUUACGUUAGAGUAUUGGACACGGCUUCGUGAUUCUGAAAUGUCUUUUUCUAUUCUUUUAAUUGUAAAGAUCUGUGGGUUUCUAAUUGGGUGGGGAUUGAUUGAAGGAUAAGCUAAGAAAAAAGAAGGGCUCCCGUUGUCUGUGUGACAGUUUGCAGCGAAGAUGCGCAUCCAAAUCACAGAGCUUCUUAUUGUCUUUUGUAGCAUCAGAAAUAUUGAAUUUAUUUAGUUAUCUGCAAUUUGUAAAUGGCAAAUAGCCCCUUAAUGGUUGGUUAUAUUUGAGGGCCCAUAUUGGCUUUUGUA